GGGCCGAGCUCAAGCCGCCACCACAGCGAUGAAGCGGGACCGGCUCGGGCGCUUCCUGUCGCCCGGGGUGUCCGGGCAGCGCGGGAGCUCCGGUGGCGGCAGCUGUGGCGGUGGCCGGGCCCGGGGCCGCCCCUCCCGCAGCGGUCCCGACGUGGCUGAGGCGGCGGCUGUAGUGGCUGCGCGGCUGGGCUGGGGCCCGACGCGGGCCUGCGCGGACGCGGGCGAGGACGGCGCCGACGAGGCAGGAACGGCCCGGGCCCUGGCCAUGGGGCACUGUCGCCUCUGUCACGGGAAGUUCUCCUCCCGGAGUCUCCGCAGCAUCUCUGGCAGGGCGCCUGGGGAGAGCUCAGAAAGGCCGCCCCCUGGGGACCGUGUUUUUGUCCGGGACUUCCAGCGCCUCCUGGGGGUGGCCGUCCACCAGGACCCAGCUCUGUCCCAGUUUGUCUGCAAGAACUGCCACGCCCAGUUCUACCAGUGCCACGGCCUCCUCACGUCUUUCCUGCAGAGAGUCAACGUCCCCCCCACGGGCCGCCGGAAGCCUUGUGCAAAGCUCGGUGUGCAGCCCCGGACGGGGGCGGAGGAGGGAGCGUGUGUGGUGGACCUGAUCACUUCGAGCCCCCAGGGCCUGCGCGGCUUGGUGGGGUGGGUGCACGGACACGCAGCCGGCUGCGGGGCCCUGCCCAGCCUCCAGAGGACCCUGUCCUCCGAGUACUGUGGCAUCGUCCGAGCCGUGUGGGGCUGCGACCGAGGGCACGACUACACCACGGACGCCGACUCCAGCUGCGGGGCCCUCUUGCUGGACGGCGCCUUGGGCGUCAGGCGGACGUGGGACAAGGAUUCGGCCCCGGGGCUCCCCCGGCAUCGGGGCUCCAGCCCCAGCAGGGCUGCCCCUCAGAGCUCCCAGGGCAGAGCGACCGCGGCCGGGGCCGAGACCGAGACGCUGCCCAGCACGGACACAGCCCGGCCUCCUUCAGAUGGCGACCCGGUGGGGCCUGGGCCGGGCCCCCCGCCUCAGCCAAGCCUCCCCCAAAGCGGGGCCCCAGGGCAGUUGGGUGAGAAGCAGGUUCCAUCUCCAACCUCGGAUGAUCGGGUAAAAGACGAGUUCAGUGACCUUUCUGAGGGAGACUUCCUGAGUGAAGACGACAGUGACAAGAAGCAGAAUACCCAGUCCUCAGACGAGUCCUUUGAGCCCUACCCAGAAAAGAAGAUCUCUGGUAAGAAGAGUGAAAGCAAAGAAGCCAAGAAGUCAGAAGAACCAAAAAUUCGAAAGAAACCUGGGCCCAAGCCGGGCUGGAAGGGCAAGCCACGCUGUGAGAGGGAGGAGCUGCCCACCAUCUACAAGUGUCCUCACCAGGGCUGCACGGCCGUGUACCGUGGGGCUGACGGCAUGAAGAAGCACAUCAAGGAGCACCACGAGGAGGUCCGGGAGAGGCCCUGCCCACACCCUGGCUGCAACAAGGUGUUCAUGAUCGACCGCUACCUGCAGCGCCACGUCAAGCUCAUCCACACAGAGGUGCGGAACUAUAUCUGUGACGAGUGUGGGCAGACCUUCAAGCAGCGGAAGCACCUCCUGGUCCACCAGAUGCGCCACUCAGGAGCCAAGCCCCUGCAGUGCGAAGUCUGCGGGUUCCAGUGCCGGCAGCGGGCAUCCCUGAAGUACCACAUGACCAAGCACAAGGCCGAGACGGAGCUGGACUUCGCCUGCGACCAGUGCGGCCGGCGGUUCGAGAAGGCUCACAACCUCAAUGUGCACAUGUCCAUGGUUCACCCCCUGACGCAGACCCUGGACAAGGCCCCGGAGCCCCCGCCUGGGCCCGCGGCAGGGCAGGCCGUGAAGGCUGAGCCCACCUGAGGGCAUGCCCGCCCCCGAGCUCAGCGGGCAGUGAUGGGGGUUCAGGCCUGACGGCACAGCUCUGCACCCCGACGAGCCCCCCACCCCACAUGCUGGGUGGCAGGGGCUCAGCACACAGCUCACGGGGCCUUGUGGCUUCUGCUCCGGGACCAGCAGUUUCUUUUCCUAUAAACAGAGUGGCUCGGGGCCAGAGGCAGACUUCAAAGAAUUGGUUCCUCCUCCCCGCUAAUGCAGUCAAGGUUUGUAACCCACUUUUCAGGGCAACGAGAGCUCCACGUUACGUUUGUAAUAAAUUAUUUACCGAGGAGCUGGGCUAUGCCCUGCGCAGAUCUUGUCAGAAGAGACGGGGCUCCUGGUAGAGGUCAGGGUCCAGCACGGCCUGCUGCCUGCUGAGGAGGGCGGCACGCACUUCCGGGUCACAGUCCGCACUCGCGCCCAGCAGCUGCAAGGAAGACCAUGUGCUGGGCCUGUGACGCCCCAUGGCCCCCAAACACCCAGGGCCCGGGGAGUUGCCAAGUGCUGGACGCCGCAUGCUUG